CCUCCCGAUGUCAUUCUUGCUGCAGGGAGGAGCAUGUAGGAGCAUCACUUUAACUGCAUACAAGGGACGGGCAGCGGGGGCUCUCCUAUCACCCUUAAAUUUUCUGUCAGAGGAGCGGCAUCUUAAAAAAUAAAACGUGAGGAAAAAAGACCAACGAUGAUUGCCACCGAGUACUACCGUGCAGCCGGGGACGUGUGACGGAUCGCAGCAGUGAUAAGUCCAAGCAUCAGUUUCCUGCACCAAAGCGAGCGGCGAGACAUGUACAAUACGGUGAAAUCCUGAGCCGGGGAUCACGUACAACGCCACCUGGAGGCCAUGUCCCAUCACCACAACCGGAGUCCCCAGACCCGCGCCAUGAGCGCCGAGGAGAGGAGCUCCACACCCAAGACCUCCACGCCCACACACAAGAGCGCUUCAUCCUCCUCUUCCUCGCAGCGUGACAGCCGGCAGGAGACGGAUAGCUGGGAGAUCAUCGAGGGGUUGAAGAUCGGCCAGACUAACGUCCAGCGGCCAGACAAGCACGAGGGCUUCAUGCUGAAGAAGAGGAAGUGGCCCCUGAAGGGGUGGCACAAGCGUUUCUUCAUUCUAGACAACGGGAUUCUGAAAUACACCAAGUCACCCAUCGACAUCCAGAAGGGAAAGCUCCAUGGUAGCAUCGACGUGGGCCUGUCCGUGAUGUCCAUAAAGAAGAAGGCCAGGAGAAUCGACCUGGACACCGAGGAACACAUCUAUCACCUGAAGGUGAAGUCGCAGGAAGUGUUUGACUCCUGGGUGGCCAAGCUGCGGCAUCACCGGCUGUACCGGCAGAACGAGAUCGUGCGCUCGCCCCGCGACGCAUCCCUGCGGGCAUUUCCUCCCCCUGCCAGCCGCCCAGAGUCCCCCCAGCCGCCCACCACUGCCGGGCACGAGGCAAAGGCCAAGCCCACCAGCCUGCCCUGGCAGCCCCCGGCCCCCAGCAGCAGCAGUGGCAGCCUUCCAGCCUCGUACAGCAACGGCCAGAGCAAGGUGGCAGCCUGGCUGCUGGAGUGGGAGGAGAUGGAUAAGUGUGCCGAGGAGCUUGCUCACUGCCAGUCCAACCUGAUCGAGCUCAGCAGGCUCUUGCAGAGUCUGGAGAUCCUGCAGAGGACCCAGUCCGCCCCGAGCUUCAGCGAUAUGCAGGCAAAUUGUGUAGAUAUGUCAAAGAAAGACAAGCGGGCAAGCAGAAGAUGGAGAACAAAAAGUGUCAGCAAAGAUGCAAAAAUGCAGCUCCAGGUAUUUUGUUCUUUCCAGCACUCGAGACGUGUCAAAGUUCCCCUGAAUGCCAGGUUGCAUUCCUCCAACCCCAACCUAUGUGCAGACCUUGUGGAUUUUCAGACCGCGGUGCCGAGGCUGUCAGAUGCCAUCGAGUGCCCCCCCGACUACAUCAAGCUGCAGGAGGACUUCUGCGUUAUUGCUCAGAAAGUUCACUCUCUCCUGAAAUCAGCCUUCAAUACCGUAGCAAUUGAGAAGGAGAAAAUCAAGCAGAUCUUUUCCGAUCAGGAGAAGCUGGGACAGACUGCCCAGAUCCUGUCCCUCAGGAGGUCCCUCUCCCAGGCACUGACCCAAAAUGCAGAGCUUCGAACCCGACUCAGCCGCAUCCAUUCAGAGUCCGUCCUGUCUGAGCAAGUGGUCAGCGUGAAUAUCAUUCCCAGCCCAGAUGAGCCAGGCGAGCCGAUCUGCGCUGGAAUCCCCCUGACUCAGCAGACGUCCAAUGAGAGCAGGCUCUCCAUGUCCGAGUCCGUGUCGGAGUUCUUCGACGCCCAGGAAGUGCUCCUGUCAGCGAGUUCGUCAGAAAAUGAGGCUUCAGAUGACGAGUCAUACGUCAGCGAUGUGAGCGAUAACAUCUCCGAGGACAAUGCCAGCGUGACGGAUAACAUCUCCCGGCAAAUGCUCAACGGCGAUUUGGGAGGCGGGGCCUUCCGAAAUGGACGCCGCACAUGCCUCCCCGCCCCCUCCCCCGACACCACUAACAUUAACCUGUGGAAUAUCUUGAGGAACAACAUUGGGAAGGACCUAUCGAAGGUGUCCAUGCCAGUGGAGCUGAAUGAGCCGCUCAAUACCCUGCAGCACAUGUGCGAGGAGCUGGAAUACAGUGAGCUGCUGGACAAGGCGGCCGAAACCGAGGACCCCUACGAGAGAAUGGUCAUUGUUGCUGCUUUUGCAGUCUCUGGGUAUUCGUCCACCUACUACAGAGCAGGAAGUAAGCCGUUCAACCCUCUGCUUGGCGAGACCUACGAAUGCAUACGAGAAGACAAGGGACUCCGCUUUUUUUCCGAGCAGGUGAGCCACCAUCCACCCAUCUCUGCUUGUCACUGUGAAUCCAAAAAGUUCACCUUCUGGCAAGACGUCAGAUGGAAAAACAAGUUUUGGGGGAAAUCUAUGGAAAUCCUGCCGGUCGGGACGGUGAACGUCAUGUUACCGAGGUUUGGUGACCUCUAUGAGUGGAACAAAGUCACCACCUGUAUACACAACAUUCUCAGCGGGCGGAGGUGGAUCGAGCACUACGGGGAAAUCACCAUCAGGAACACCAGAAGCACCGCCUGCAUCUGCAAGCUAACGUUCGUCAAGGGGAACUACUGGAGCUCGAACGUUAAUGAGGUCCAGGGCUUCAUCAUGGACCACGAAGGGAAAGUGGUACAUCGGUUGUUUGGCAAGUGGCAUGAGGGCCUGUACUGCGGUGUGCCCCCCUCAGCCAAGUGCAUCUGGAGGCCAGGAUCCAUGCCCACCGACUAUGAGCUGUACUACGGAUUUACCAGGUUUGCAAUCGAACUCAAUGAACUCUGUCCUGAGAUGAAAGACCUGCUGCCUACUACUGAUGCACGUUUCCGCCCUGAUCAGAGGUACUUGGAGGAGGGAAAAGUAGAUCUGGCAGCCACAGAGAAACAGCGCAUUGAGGACCUGCAGAGGACCAGGAGAAAGUGGCAGGAAGAAAAUAACGUCAAACACCAGCCUCACUUCUUCAAGAAGGUCAUCGAUGCCAACCAGAGGGAGAGGUGGGUUUCCAACAGUACGUACUGGGAGCUACGCAAAGACCCCGGUUUCAGCAAACUGGAGAACCCCAAACUUUGGUAGUCCCCCAGAAGGCUGUGCUCAACAUAUCAUCAGCCUUAACAAAGAGGCUUUAUCCUAUGCACAAUUGUUCAGAAGCUCCUCUAUGACAUUAGUACUGCAGAGUUUUGGACACGACCAGACCUGCGGAGCCUGAAGGCGCCCCCCCCCCCCUCAGUAUGGCCCUGUCCCUUUUCUGAAGCAAGCGUCCCCCCCAGCAACCUUGAAAGAACACUGACCAAGCUCGUAGAUCCAUCCUAGGCUGUAACAGCUGUCAUGUCUUUGCCUUAAAACAGCAUUACUUUCAGCAGACCCAAUACAACCAAGCUCACUGGAAGCUUUAGCUGAGAAGCCCACUGGACGUCUCUAAGCACUGAUUUAGGCUGACGUUUGAAUUUGACUAUUCAGAUUUCACUCUGGAUCUCUAAAUUUACCUUGCAUGUUUACUGGGCUACUUUAACUAGUAAGAUUUAUGUUGACUUAAAAAGUGUGCGAGACUAACAAAAUGUUAAUAACUAUGUAAAAUAUUUCACUUUUGCUAACUGAUUAACCUUAGUUGACUACACCGCAAAGUCAACAUAUUUGUUAGGGGGGACUAAUUCAUAUUUAUUUGAAUUCACAUUUAUUUAUUUUAGAAAUGGUCAAGGCUGAAAGCCAUGGUUAAUUCAUUGUGGCUGUAUUCUCUCUUGGGAUAAGCAGUUUUGUAUAGGAAAAUUACUAUUUUUAGAGUAGAACUUGAAGAUUAUGAAGUUGGUCAAGAAGCCUAAAAAAUAGUCAAUGGUCAAUUGAAAUUGAAGUGAACUUCUUUCACUGCUCCCUGUAGCUAACAUACAAUGAUUUAGCUGUUGGUGGUACCUGGAGUGUUGAUUGUUACAUGCACCUCUAAAACACAGGGAACCUCAGUCAAAAAACAAACAACUCCCCCCCCCCCCCUGAAAAUUAUGGUUGCCCUGUAUUAUUAUAGUGUAUGGCAUCUAACUGGUGUUAGGUCCCACGUUCCAGUGGCUAUUGAAGGUAAAUAACCACAAGUUUAUAAAUACUGGUGCAUGUGUCACUGAGCUGGCUGCUCAUGAGGAUGUUUACCAGCCCUGGAUGUUUGGCAAGAUCUAAUGUCUCCUCGUUCUAUUUCAAGCCAUGGUGUUAGUUUGGGGAAGCAAUCUCACCAAGAUAGUUUGACACCAUAUGCUGAAGUGAAAUGACUGCGCUUCAUCGUCUCUCUCUGUUCUACGCUAUCCUCAAAGACCACAUAUGCACUGUGGGACAGUCUCGUCCUCAUUAUUUGUUUAUUUUAUUCGAAAACAAAUGCGCGGCUUCAUGGCGCCGAAACAUUGGAUCCAAUUGUACGUUUUCAACUGGUGGCCGAACACUGCCACCUGCUGUCCAUUUAAUAGAGAACGAUUAGCUGAGUCUAUUUUGUAAUCAUGGUGAUCACCGUCCUACUGCACUGUAACAGUGAAGGUCAGAACAUUUCAAAUGGAAAGAUUUCGAUGAAAUAUUUGAAGAAGCCGUGGAAAUGAAGCAUGUAAUUCAAUAAUCGGGAUUACUAAGUCUCACGCACCUGGCAGCAAACCUGUAUUAUUCCAUUAUAAACCUAAAUUUAGCCACACGAAAAGCUUUGGGGCAGUUUGCAAGUUCUACAGACUAUUUUCAAGAUACCUACGCUUUCUUUUGCCGCUCAAUAAUAUGACAUUUUUCGAUGAACCAAACCCAAAAAAAGCCAAAGACCGGCACUUGCAUUUUCUUUCUGAAAUUAUCCGAAUUCGAAAAAAAAGCGACUUUCGUAGGUAUUUAAGUAGAUCGAUACAAUUUCCCUAGAGAGCAUACAGCUAUAAUUUAAAUCUUAAAUAAUAAAGGUUUUAAUAUAUAUUUUAAAAGUUAAAUAGCCUACUGUUCCGGUCGUUUAAUUAAAAGGAAAAAUAGGGCGUUUCCGUAUUAAGUUUCUCUUAUUUAGAGUAAGGGAAUGGCGCUUUUGGUACGUUUAAUUUACGUUGUUUAUUUUGAUUUUCAUAUCUUAAUUUCAGUAUUUAUAAGGAGUAUGUUAACCACAAUGUGUGUGCAUUUUGGGGAGGGGUGUCGGCAGUGUAAAAGUCUUCUGUUGUAAAGGCAAGUAGCAUAUGCUUUGUAUUUUCAGUUACGUUUAUUGUGAAUUUCCACCUGGAGGCGGGAGGGCAGGUUUUGUUAGUAAAGUGGUAGUCUUGCAAUGGUCCUUACUGCAGAACUUUAGCGCAGUUUUCUCAUUGUCCUCUUCAUUGUCUAAAAUAAACCAAAAUGUAGGCCUGAAAAAAAAAGUUGUAGCUCGUGCAGAAGUUCAACUUGCUGUGCCUUAACACAUUUACUAAGCCCCGAAGUGUAACACUUGUGUAUUGCUACAGUAGUGUAGACGAUUGUAGGGAAAAAAAGACGCUACAGGCAGUGCAUUUAUGUCAGUGCACUGGGGCUGAGCCGAUCACUCCUCCAUUGCUUCGUCCUCUCGGCUUCAGUUAACCCUUUAUUUCAUUUAACACGUUAAAUGCAGUGAAUUGCUUACUCCCGGAUUUCAGUGCUUAAGGCAGACUUUGACUGUAAAUCCUUACUUUCAGAAAGGCAAUAGUACCGAUUACUGUGUGGUGGAAAACACGGAGCAAACAGAUUUCUACCUGAUGUUAAGGGAUUACUAAAGAAAGGCAGCUCUCAUGCACCCAUAUGUCUUUUAAAGCUUUCAUUUAUAAGUGGGCUGCUUUCCGAAGUGUUUUGCGGGAUGGGCGAUGGGGGCAUGGUAGAAAUCAUUUUCGUUGUUAGCAUGUUAUGUAAGUGAUUAUAUUAUAAGGUUACAAGCCUCAGUUUUCCCGUUUAAUAAUAAUUUAGUGCAAGGGAGGGGAAGCGGAUUUCCCGAUUAGGACAGACAUUUUCCGCUGCUACAGGCGCAGGCACCGGUCAUUCAUUUUACAUUUUACACGCGAUGUCUGCGGGACGUGAUCCAUCGGAAAUAAUGGCAAUUGGUACAAAACGGCUGUAAAACGAAACCCCUUAUUCCUCAAACUUAGGUUUUUACAUAGAGAUUUCCUUCAUGAGAUGUAUUUACGUGACGCUCCGUUAUUACGGCGAUUUCCUCGGUGGAAAGACGCCCGCAGACUGUAAAGGAAAAACGGAGACACAUCAGUCGUAAUUAGUCACGCAAAUUUAUGACGCAAAAAGGCACCAGGCGUCCCAGCCACUUAGUAUAUAGUACGCAGGACCGGCUUAGAGUACCCGGCAGCUCAUACAUCUCACUGUUUAUUAUACACGCAUGUAAAAAAAAGGACAGUCUGCCAGUGAAUGUUGCGAAUGCCUUACAUGAGGUUUUCCCUUAUUUUCUUUAGGAUUUGUUUUCUUUUCUUGUUUAAUUUCCAGACUGACGCGCAUCACUUGAUGUCGCGUUGGUCUCCCAGCUUAGUCGAUUUAAUCCAUUUUCUGAUGGAUCUCUUCUGAAGUGCAAUUGUAUACCUACAUAAACAUAUCUUUUCAUGAACACUCUACACUGCUGCUAUACAGUGCUUGUUCUAAUAAAAACAAAAACAAUUCA